AUGGACGGCCUUAGCAUCAUCGCAGGCGCCCUGGAGAGGGGGGAGUGCAGGCGCGCGAUUCGCUUCAGCUUUCGACGGCAAGCCAGCCGUGCCCCGUCACCACAGGGGUUCAUGGCGCUCAUGAAAGUUGUCUACUCCAGCGGAACUGACGGCAGCGGCAGCAGCAGCAGCAGCAGCAGCGGCAGCGGCAGCAGCAGCAGUAAAAAGCGCAUGCAUUCGGAUGCGCUUGUGCUCGGCAAGCUGGCAGAACUCCUCGGACGCAGUGCGGCGGCCCGCAGGCUGCUGCACACCGCGGACUGCGCCGCCAUGGCCGCUGCGGCCCUGGUGCGGGCGGGGCUCGCAGCGCCGCUUGGGGCCCGCGGCGGCAUGGACGCGGCGGACGCGCAUCUGUGGCGCGCAGGAAUCAUCGCCCUCUUGCACGUGCUGAGAUGCGUCUGCGUUGGCGACACCCCUGGCGGCGUCCCGCCUGCCGUAGCAGCCGCAGGGGGUGUGCCUGGCAUCCUCGCGACCUUGGCCCGGCUGGCGGCGCUGCCGCCGGCCUCGCUGGAGGUGCGCGGCUUCUACGCCAACCCGCUGUGGAUUCUGGAGCACAUCGCCACCAUAUUCUACUCGUCCCCUCACAUCGAAGAAGUUGAUGUAGAAAUGGCCCUGGCAUGGGACCGCGAAGUUGCAGGGGCGGCCGGGCUCCUGGUGGAUGCCCUGCGCGCGCGCGUGGAGCAGGGCACCAUGCAGGACGUCUACGCGCUCCGCCUGGCGGCCUACGUGCUCUGCUCGGCGGACAGCCACCACGCGCGGUCCGCCGUCGCGCGCGCGCUCGUCGCGGGGCUGCCCGAGCUCGGCCCUUGCUUCGCGCGGACGAUCGCCGGCCUCAGCCGGGCGGGCGGCAUGGAGGACGUAGAGGAGCAGACAGUCCUGCUGAUCGCGCUCGACGAGUGCCUCAAAGAGGACGGCGAGCCGACCUCGCUCGCCGCGUCGUGCGGCCCCGCGCUGGCCCCGCCGCUGCUGGCGAUCGUCGGCGGCGGCCGCAAGGCCGCAGACCACCUCGUGGCAGACGAGGGCGCCGAGCUCAAAUGGCGGGCCCGCUCGCUCGCGGCCAGCUGCCUGUGCAGCGUGGCGAAAGCGGAGAUGGCGGGCGUGUUGGCGCCCGCACCGCGCAGCAGCAGCAUUGCGCCAGCCCCUGGGGCCGCGGCGGCAAUAGUCGCUGGCCUGAGGGAUGCGCUGGCCUCGGCGGAUGGCGCAGACGGCGCAGACAGCGCGGAUGUGGAGGAUUCAAUCUCUGCUCUGUGCGCUGUGGUGAUGUUCGUGGGCGUCACUCGCGGCGGCGUAGACGACGAGGCUGGCAGCGGCGGCGGCGGCACCGGCGGCCGCACGGAGAGCUCUUUUGCAGACGCCCUGGUGUGCAUGGGUGCCCUCACGCUACUGCGCACACUGCUAGAAACUGCGGCGGCCGGGCGAGAGGCCUGCAUCCGCGUCCCCAUAGCGGCCGCGCUGGGCGUCUUGCUCUACCACACGCGGGCGACAGUUGCACAGCAGGGCGGCCUGGGCGGCCGCCGGCAAGGGGGAACGGCGCAGCUGGUGUGGGAGGCCAUCGCGGCAGCAGAGUCAAACGGGGUCAGCAUCAUGAGCAUGAUCGCGUCAGUCUGGCCUGCGUGCGCCGGCGACCUUGCCACGAGCGAGAGCGCGUUGAUGGCCGUGGCGAGGGUGGUGGCCAAGGAGGAGAGCGGCGAGCAGGACAUUGCCGUUGAGCUGCUGGAGCAGCUGGCCGGCUGGGCAGAGCAGCAGUGGGUGGCGGCAGGCAGCCCCUGCAGCAGCGGCGGCGGCGGCGGUGGCGGAGUUGAAGUGGGCGGCGGCAGCGAGACGGGCAAAGCAAUAGGUGUGUGGCGCGCCGCAAGUGUGCACAACAGCGCCGCAGCCGCCGCCGCACCCGCGGGCGACGGCGUGCGGCGCGCCGUGGCGGCGUUGGAGGGGCUGGUGCGCUGCGCUAGCGCCGCCGCCGAUCCUGCCUCGCACCCACACGAGAUGCUGUCCGCAGCUUGUGAGCUGGCCAGAGAUGUCAAGAUCACGGCACUCACUUCCCUGCAAGCCCUUCGCAACGCGGCGGCUGGAAGGCAGGGCCAGCAGCAGGAGCAGCAGCAGCCGCGUCGGCAGCGGCAACGCAGUCACCAGUGGCAGCAACCGGCACAGCAGCGGCAGCAAAAUCACAAGCAGCAGCAGCAGCAGCAGCUGCAGGAGCAGCAGGAGCAGCAGCAGGAGGAAGAGCAGCAGCAGGAGCAGCAGCGGCAGCAGCAGCAGGAGCAGGAGCAACAGAAAAAGAACCAUGCAACGCAAUGUGCAUGCACCGGCUGCGGCAGCACGGCCUCGUCAUCAGGCGCGCGCCUGCGCCUGUGCGGCGGCUGCCGCACGGCCCGGUUCUGCUCCAGUGCUUGCCUGAGGCGCUCUUGGCCGCACCAUCAGACCCCAUGCCAGGAGCAGCAGGUGCAGCGGCGAGCAGCACACGCUCGGCAGCAGCAGGAGCAGCAGCAGCAGGAGGAGCAGCAGCAGGAGGAGCAGCAGCAAGAGCAGCAGCAGCAGGAGCAGCACCAAGAGCAGCAGCAGCAGGAGCAAAAUCAAGAAAUCCGUGUCAGGGAAGCCCGUGCAGCUCGCGCCUGUGUUGGCUGCGGCAACACAGCGCAGGCAUCAGGCUCACCUCUCAGCUCUUGCGCCGGCUGCCGCGUCGCGCGCUUCUGCUCGUACGCCUGCUACAGGACUGCCUGGCCGGCCCACAAGGCUUAUUGCCUCAAGGAGCGCGCGCAGCGGCGGGUGCGGUGUAGUGCGGGUUUGGUCAAAAUGGAGUAA